AUGUCACAUGGGCUUGCUGGUAUCCGUCAUUUCCUUCUACCGCCUUUCGCUGGUCGAUUCCAGGAAGCCGGAUUUGCUGUUCUCCUGUACGACAAUCGCAACUGGGGCGAUAGCGAAGGUGAACCUCGACAGGAAUCAAAUCCAGCAUUGCAGCAGACGGACUACUAUGAUGCUUUCAACUAUGCCAUUACCCUACCGAUGGUCGACUGCGAUCGGAUGGUAUACUGGGGAACCAGCUUUUCUGGUGGCAACGUCAUUUACGCCGCUGCAGUGGAUAAAGGUAUCAAAGCUGCUAUUAUACAAUGUCCUGCUAAUUCUGGAGAAAAGCGUUCUUUGGCUUUUCGAGACCAGGUUCCCCAACUCUUUGAGGACAGGGCCAGAAUUGUUGCCGGCGAACCUCGAGGUCGUGUGCCGUGCAUUGCGCCUGACUUCGAGUCAGCCCAGGCGGGAAACGCGCUGGUGCUGUUCCCUGACCUUCACGCAUACCAGUCCUUUAAUGGCAUCCACGAGUGUGGCGGCAAUUGGGAAAAUUGGGUAACUCGGCAAACGCAACUACAAAUGCUCGAGUUUGAAGGCCACGCAAUGAUCCAUCGGAUCGCUCCAACGCCACUGUUGAUGGUGAUUCCGGGCAAUGACAGGACUGUGUUGACAUCCUCUCAGCUGGUGGCGUUUGGGAAAGCACGGGAGCCUAAAGAACUGUUGUUCUUGGAGAAUGCCGGGCAUUUUGACGUCUAUCGAGGACAAUUCUUCGAACGUAACAUUAAGGCGCAGAUUGACUUUUUGAGAAGCUACGUCUUCGACUGA